AAUACGAACCAUCCGGUCAUCCGAAGAUUCCGUGUAGCUUUUGGUAGGGUGGUCUCCGCUCACUUAAGAAAGUACAAAUGGAAGUUCUUUGGUAGAGGAUCAUUAUUUUGUGCCGAUCCUUCCACCGAACUGUAUCAUUUCACUUUCGCAGACAUGAGAUACUUCGUGGUACUUUGUUGUGUGUUGGCGUCGGUCAUGGCCAAGGAAAAAAAGAUCAGUUUAGAAGACAUCGAAAGGGACAAUUUGAAAACCACCGGGAAAAUUGCGCGAGCACCCCCGAAAAUCCCCGUUGCUUCCCCAACUGACUACGGUUUCGUGCCCACAAAAACAGUGACUGACUAUGCAAGACAACAGCCCAAGUAUGUCCAAUACGUCCCUCAAACGUACGCCCAGCCCGCCCAACAGUACACACCCCCUCCCCAACAGUACGCCACAGUACCCCAGCAGUACUACUACCAGCAACAGCAAUCCGUGCAAAACCCUUACCAGCAAUACGAAAACGUGCAAUACGUCACGGACAACAGCAUUGCCCAAGCACAACAGCAGUACUACACCCCCCAAUACGUGUACCUCCAACAGUACACUGCCCCCAGUACUGCCAUCCAGAGCGUGGUUGACCCCAAAGGGGGGAUCCAGUACGUCAUGUAUGUGGUACCCAAAGCCGAACAAACCCAAAAUUACGAAAAUGUGGUUUAUACCAACUCUAACGAACAACAACAGUAUGUGGUACCACAAACCCAGUACGUCCAAACCCAGCAAGUGACGCCUGAAAUCAAAUACGCGCCUCAGCCCGAGAAACCACAACAAUUGUUCACAAAGAGUGAACCUAAGAGUCUGUUGGAUUCGUACGUGCCGUCGAUUUUACAAGUCCAGUAUUACAAGCAACAACAAGCGCAAGCUAAUGCUAUUCAACACUCGUUGAAAGAUGUGAGUACUGUCUCCGGCAAGAGUAGCUACAGACCGACGCAAAUCAGUCACAAUAGUGCGGAGAGUGUCAUCAAUUACCACUACCAGCUCCCGAGUAUCCAACAACAGCACCAAUAAUUUUUUGUUACCAUUUUAUUAAAUCGUGAUUUUAGUUGUAAGUCAUAUUCUUUCUUAUUUAUGUCGUUUCUUAACGUCUUGUCUUUUCACUUUUCUACUUUUAUAGCAACUGUUAGAACUUUAUCGGCCAGUUUCUUCUUUUCACCACUAUUUAUUUUCCAUUCUGUUUCUUCACAUGUUAUUCGUUUUUAUGUACAAUUUAUGUAUUAUGUACGUUUAUAAAACAAAUAAAAUACUUUUAAAAAUUAA